AUUGGAGAUGCUCUUAGUAUAUUAAACAUUCUGUUUAUGUUAGCAAACCCGGCCCUUUUUGGGCCUGUUCAAUAACACCAGCACGCAACAUAAACCUUGUUUAUGUAGGAUUAAAGGUGUCCACUUCAAGUUGUAUAUAAAUAGGUAUUUUAGUUGUAUAUAAAUAGUUCACUAAAUCUUUAGUGAAUAAGUAGUUCACUAAAGCACGAGGCUAAGCCUCGUUGGAAGUCGUAAAAUGUGGAAUCUCAUUAUUGACUUUGGUUCUUAAUUAGUGAGCUAAUGCUAAUCACAUGAUACUUAGUGGGGUUAAACACUUAGCACAUAACAACCAUCUACCGAUUUUUUUUGGUAAAAAAAGUAUUUUCACCUAUUUGCCGGAAACUCAAACAUCGUAAAUAGCUAUUCCCAGCGCGAAUCAAAUCCCGGUGACGAAAGUUACGGCCGCAACCCCUUUACCAUUAGAUAACCGAUUUGAAAAUAAAGGUUAAACAUUAAUAUUACAUUAGAGAUUAAUGCAUAGUAUUUUUCAAUUGGUUCAAUUAUGUAAAAUUUGGAUAAAAUUAUAAAUUAGUUAUUUUGUGAAAUAAUUUGUUAGAAGUGGAUUUGAAACUAAUAGCUUUUUUGAUGAAAUGUUUAAUUUAUUUAUCAUCGUUAAAAAAUAUGUACAUAUUUAAGGAAACUAACAACUAAUCUGAAACAACCAAAACUAAAGCAUAUGAGCCUCAAACCAACAACAAAAAAAUAUAAAAAUUUCUAAUAGCAUAAAUCAUAAAUCACACAUGGAUAAAAUUUAUUUCAUAUUAUGACUCUAAAUUAAUAAGCUUUAUUGCUAUAAUGAUUAAAAUAUGUAUGAACUUGGAAAUUGUUAGUUUAGUAUAAUUCAAACAAAGCAGAAAAAAAUCUCCCAAGAUUUUGAUGACAUUUCCAUUAUCUCUACUUUUUUUUGUCGAACUUCUAUUAUCUCUACUUGUGAUACCAUAAUAAUAAGUUAUCAAAUGGAUUGUUCACAACUCAGAAGUGCACAUUCAGCUUCCAGCCAUUACAAUCUUGACAGGAAUUAAAAUAAGAAUUGUGAAAACUUAUCCUUAACAUUUGUGGCCACAUACUCUACUUUCCACAAUCAACCAACAUUCCCAAUAAAUCACCAUUCACCACUUAUAGACACACCAGGCAAAGGGAAAACAAGCUAGACAACAAAAAUCUGUGAUGGAUUUGACUCAUCCGAGGAGAAAACUAAACUUUCUGCUGAUCAUCUCAUUAUUAUUACUAUCAUUACGUCAUCAAGAUUAUAACGUUGAAGCACAAAAUUCAGACAAAGUAGUGAAUCUUCCCGAACAACCAUCCAAUCCAAAGAUCUCUCACUUCUCAGGUUAUGUCAACGUGAAUCAAGAAAAUACACGAGCACUCUUCUUCUGGUUCUUUGAAGCCUUGUCUGAAGACCCAACAAGACCUCUAGUUCUCUGGCUAAAUGGAGGUCCUGGAUGUUCAUCCAUUGGAUAUGGAGCAGCAUCUGAAUUAGGACCUUUUCGUGUGGUUGAAAAUGGGACAAGCCUUAGAUUCAAUCAAUACUCUUGGGUCCAAGAAGCGAAUAUGUUGUUCUUAGAAUCACCGGUUGGAGUAGGGUUUUCGUACACCAACACAUCUUCCGAUUUGGACAACCUCAACGACAGUUUCGUUGCGGACGAUGCAUACAACUUCAUGGUUGCUUGGUUUGCAAGGUAUCCCCAAUAUAAGUCUCGUGAUUUCUUCAUCGCUGGUGAAAGCUAUGCCGGUCACUACGCACCUCAGCUAGCCGAGCAAAUAUACGAUCGAAACAAAGUUAAACCAAAAGAGUCCUUCAUUAACCUCAAAGGCUUCAUUGUAGGCAAUCCAUUGACGGACGACGAGUACGAUAACAAGGGGAUUCUAGAAUACGCAUGGAGCCAUGCAGUAAUCUCCGACAAUCUCUACGACACCGCAAAACGUAACUGUGACUUCAAGUCAUCGAAUUGGUCGGAACCAUGCAACGUUGCCAUGAAUACAAUGUUCCAAAAAUACAAAGAGAUUGAUAUUUAUAAUAUAUAUGCUCCCAAGUGCACCACCAGUAACUCAUCAGCAGCUUCCUUCUUAGGAGUUUUCAAUAAGUCUCCGGCAAUGAAAGACUGGUUCAAGCGAGUGAGAUGGUUUGAAGGUUAUGAUCCUUGUUACUCUGAUUAUGCUGAAAAAUAUUUCAACAGAGUUGAUGUUCGAACGUCUCUUCAUGCCACUACACGAAAUGUAUCAAGGUGGAAGGUUUGCAAUGAUUCGAUAUUGCAAACGUACCAAUUCACUGUCUCCUCAAUGUUGCCGACCUAUAGUAAGCUCAUCAAAGCUGGUCUCAAGAUAUGGGUUUAUAGUGGAGACGCCGACGGGAGGGUGCCGGUGAUCGGAAGUCGGUAUUGUGUUGAAGCUUUAGGUCUUCCCGUCAAAUCUGAAUGGCGCUCUUGGUUCCACAAUCAUCAGGUUGGAGGGAGGAUAACGGAGUACGAGGGAGGGUUAACGUUUGUAACAGUGAGAGGAGCUGGACACUUGGUUCCUCUCAAUAAACCUGAAGAAGCUCUCGCACUUUUCAGUUCCUUUCUUAAUGGUCAAGAACUUCCGUCACGCCCCUAGAUAUUAUCACAGAUUCACAAUAUCAUAUAGUCCUCUGUCUUUUCUUGUUUGUUACUGGUUCUAUAAUAAAACAUGGAUAGAUCAUAAAUAAUAAAUCCAAUCAUCACAUGUAACAUAUUACUGUUCUAUUAUACUAUCCAACCA